AAGUUGAAAGUGUAAUUUAGAAUUCUUAAAGGGAAAAUCAUAUAGAUAUUUAGUCAUGUGUUACAUGUAAUUUCCCACCAAACGUUAGGAAUUGUAUAGCAUUUACUUUUCAUUCUUGAGGUAAGUCUGGUGUAAAUUUCUGGAAUUUGGAGUUUCACUUUAAACAGCCUUAUACGAUAUCUCCUUAGUCCUGCUUUUUGUUUAGGCUAACCCUUGCAUUUCAUCCACCACUGGUACUCCCAUGCAGCUGAUGCUUCCUCUGAUCUCAUUCAUAUAUACAAACUUUAAAACUCGACAAAUGGAAACAUUUUUUCACCCUUGUAGAAUACGCCAGUUCAUCAACAUGUCAAACCCAGUCAUUACUCAUCAGCCAGGUGCAGCCUCCUACGGCACCAACGUGCAGACAGGAGAGUGGAGCACUGGUCUCUGCUCCUGCUGUAAUGACCUGCUCGUCUGUGCUCUUGGCUGCAUCUGUCCAAUUGCACUGAGCUGCUACACCGCAAACAAGUAUGGUGAGAACGCAUGCCUAGCAUGUGUUCCUGGAGGCAUGGCUGCAAUGAGGACACACAUGAGACUGACCUAUGGCAUCCAAGGUACAAUAUGCAAUGACGCCCUGAUGACCUGCUGCUGUGGAAUAUUUGAGACAUGCCGAAUGGCCAGAGAAAUUCGUAUUAGAAAUGGCGAGGCCUAAUUUAGGUAUUACUAGCAUGUGAAAAAAGAAUAUUGGUCAAAAACCAAAAUUUCAUCAUUUUGGCUGUUUUCUGGGGUUUGCUCCUAGUUAAAUGUGUAGCAAUCUGGGGAAAAAACCCAAAAGCAGCCAGAAUGAUGCAAUUUUGGUUUUUGACCCAUUUUGGUUUUUUUGUUUGUUUGUUUCUUUUGAUAUCUCAACUUAAUACUUGAUAUCUAAGAAAACAACGUUUUAUCAAAACAAUGACGAAAUUUUCACUCUGUACAGAUGGCAUUGGACAAAGAUAUAUAAAAUGUUUAAAUGACCUAAUAAAAAGAUAUUAAUAAACAGAA